UCACUAUGUUUCUGUCACAUCACUAUCCUGGGAUGGAAUGCUUAAGAUGUCAGGAGUUAGGAUUGAACUUUUCACAAAUAUGACCAUGUAUGAUUUUACCAAAAAAGCUAAGCGUGGUAGUAUAUCUAUGGCUUGUCAAUGA